GUUGUUCAGCAAAGCACCUCUACGGUAGUGGUUGCGCGUAUACUUGAACCAGUUACGAAGUGCAUACAAAAAUUUGCAACAUGCAUGUGACCUCGCAAUCGCGCCUAAGAACAACGGUUCAAUUUAUACGGGAUUUGAAGUCUUGAAACAGAAGAUUUAGUGCAAUUUUAACGAACGAGUGUUACAUCCGUUUGUGGGAAAAUUUCGGAAACUUAGACUCAUUGUUGUUGUGUCCGCUGUGGAUGAAAUGACGUAGUGAAGGUUUGCAGUCACUAGAAAAAAAUCCAUGACGAUCGACGAUUGGAGGAAAAUGAAAGCUGCUGCCGUAUUGCUGUCACGAUCACAGAUCGUUGUUUUGUAAUGUGGAAGUCGUGUACAGAUAGAUCAUAAAAGAAACAACAUCGAUUUUGCGAGUGUGUGCUGUUACAUUUACUAUAUGAUAUAAUUUAUUAUAAACCAGCGUAGCUGGAAAGGAAAAACAGAAAGUUUACGAAAUGUGGAACAAUUUCAGAGAAAACAUGGACGACUACGGUGAGUCUACCGGCUUGCUGGAGCAGCAGGUUGCGUCCGUUCGGUUACCUAUCAUCGGCAUGACCUGUCAGUCAUGUGUACGAAACAUCGAGGGAAAUAUCGGCAGCAAACUAGGCAUAAUCAAAAUCAGUGUGAUACUAGCCGAGAAUGCGGGCUACAUAGACUACGAUCCGACGCUCACGGAUCCGGUACAGAUCGCUGCCGACAUAGACGAUAUGGGUUUUGAGUGUUCCUUCAACGGUAAGGAUGAUCGGCCGAAUGAAGAUGUCAACCGCAGUGGGGCGGCUGUAGCUCGAAUCAGCAUACACGGGAUGACCUGUCAGUCCUGUGUAAGAAACAUCGAAGGAAACAUGCAGGGUAAAACCGGCAUUCGAUCGAUCAAGGUCAUGCUGGAGCAAAAGUUGGGCUUAGUGGAGUAUGAUAGGGAUCUGACGAAUCCGGAACGAAUAGCGGAACAAAUAGAUGAUAUGGGAUUUGACGCUAAGGUAGCCACAGAGGAGAGUGAAUAUCAAAAGACUGACGAAAGCCAAAGCGCAAACAGUAACAGCAUAAAGACGACCCGUUCGGAGAAGUUGAUUUCAAUUGAUGAGGGCCUCACUUCAUCGAACGGAAACGCUAAGCAGGUCCAGCUGAAGGAUAACUUUAAGAGAUGCUUCCUGCAUAUUCAAGGAAUGACGUGUGCCAGCUGUGUAUCGGCCAUCGAAAAACAUUGCAAGAAGAUCUACGGAGUGGAAUCGAUAUUGAUUGCCCUGCUGGCGGCGAAGGCGGAAGUCAAGUAUGACCACGCUCUAACCGGGCCGGAAGAUAUUGCCAAAUCAAUCUCCGAUCUUGGCUUCCCGACUGAAAUCAUAGAUGAACCUGGGACUGGGGAAGCCGAAGUGGAGAUCGAAAUCCUAGGAAUGACGUGUGGCUCUUGUGUUAACAAGAUUGAACAAACUGUUUUGAAAUUACCAGGAGUUUUGAAGGCUUCCGUAGUAUUAACUCUUAAACGAGGACGUUUUGCGUUCAACAACGAAAAGACUGGAGCACGAACGAUCUGCGAAGCAAUUCAGCAGCUAGGCUUUGAAGCGACGGUUCUAUCGAAUAAGGAUAAAAUGGCACACAGUUACCUUGAACACAAGGAGGAAAUUCGAAAGUGGCGUAACGCUUUCCUCAUUUCGCUGGCUUUCGGUGGACCCUGUAUGAUCGCUAUGAUCUACUUCAUGGUGCUGAUGGAGACGCACAGUCACGAGGACAUGUGCUGUGUCUUGCCGGGCUUGUCGAUGGAAAACCUAAUCAUGUUUAUCCUGUCAACACCGGUGCAGUUUUUCGGAGGAUGGCACUUCUACAUUCAAGCCUAUCGGGCCGUGAAGCACGGUGCCAGCAAUAUGGACGUGCUGAUUACGAUGGCCACCACUGUCAGCUACAUUUACUCGGUAGCGGUGCUGAUGGCGGCCAUGCUGAUGCAGCUGAAAACUUCUCCACUGACGUUUUUCGAUACUCCACCGAUGUUGUUUAUUUUUAUCUCACUCGGACGCUGGCUGGAGCACAUUGCCAAGGGGAAAACCUCGGAAGCACUGUCGAAGCUGCUGUCGCUGAAGGCCACCGAAGCGGUACUGGUCGUACUCGGCGAUGACUACGAGGUUCUGUCGGAAAAGGUUAUUUCGGUGGAUCUGGUGCAGCGUGGCGAUACGCUGAAAGUCGUUCCCGGUAGUAAGGUUCCGGUCGAUGGGAAGGUUCUCUGCGGCAAUUCCACUUGCGACGAAAGCCUCAUCACCGGUGAAUCAAUGCCGGUACCAAAGAAAAAGAACUCUGUUGUUAUUGGGGGCUCUAUCAAUCAAAAUGGGCUGCUGUUGAUGACUGCCACGCAUACCGGGGAGAACACUACCCUGGCACAGAUCGUCAAGCUGGUCGAGGAAGCGCAGACAUCGAAGGCGCCGAUUCAGCAGUUGGCCGAUAAAAUUGCCGGUUACUUUGUUCCGUUCGUGAUUGCCGUGUCCUGUGUAACAUUGAUCGGAUGGACCAUCAGCGGAUUUAUCGAUAUCAGCCACAUUCCCAUGUCGGACGCUGCCAAGGAGGGUUUGAAUCGGGAGGAGAUUAUAUUCAGUUAUGCUUUUCGCUGUGCAUUAAGCGUGCUGGCGAUUGCAUGUCCGUGUGCGUUGGGCUUGGCAACACCUACUGCCGUGAUGGUUUCGACGGGGGUUGGGGCAUUGCACGGGAUUCUGGUGAAAGGAGCUGGACCGCUGGAGAAUGCGCACAAAGUGAAGACCAUUGUUUUUGAUAAAACUGGAACCGUGACGUACGGUAUGCCAAUGACUUCCAGGAUCUGUAUGUUUGUGAAACCUAAGGUGUGCACUUUGGUACGGGCUUUAACAAUUUUGGGUUCGGCAGAAAUAAACAGUGAACAUCCUAUCGCAACGGCGGUGGUCAAAUUCGUGAAGGAAGCUCUAGAGUUGGAAGCAUUUGGAAAGUGUUCUAACUUUAUGGCCGUACCUGGUUGCGGAAUUCGUUGUGUAAUAUCCAACAUCGAUGGCAUUCUUAAUCAGGCUUUACGAUCGGAAAAAAUGAAAAACUUCCAAAACUCGUACAAAAGUGAUUCAAGCGCUGUAAGUUUUAUAACCGGAGCGGUUGUGGAAGAAUUGAUACCGCACCUAAGUCCGUCGCAAAAGAAUACGAUAGAACUACAGCAACUACUGCAGCUGGAAACCAUCGAAGCCGAAGAGAGCGUGGAAGCAUUUUCACGGGUGAAUGAAUACAACGUGUUGAUCGGUAACCGCGAGUGGAUGAAUCGGAAUGCGAUAGUUGUUCCACCGGAAAUCAACAUCAAAAUGACCGAGGAAGAACAAAUGGGCAAUACGGCGAUUCUGUGCGCAAUCAACAGUCAGCUGAUCUGCAUGGUUUCCGUAGCGGAUAUGGUAAAACCGGAAGCACAUCUAGCAGUUUAUACGUUGAAAAAGAUGGGUAUCGAAGUUAUUCUCUUGACAGGCGACAAUAAGAACACUGCCGGAAACAUAGCCCGUCAGGUCGGAAUCAAUCGGGUCUUUGCGGAAGUGCUGCCAUCGCAUAAGGUGGCAAAAAUCCAGCGAAUACAAGAGAACGGAAUGCGUGUGGCCAUGGUCGGGGAUGGUGUGAACGAUAGUCCAGCCUUGGCACAAGCAGAUGUGGGCAUUUCGAUUGCAUCUGGGACGGAUGUCGCUGCCGAGGCAGCGGAUGUCGUGCUGAUGAGGAAUGACUUGUUGGAUGUUGUCGCAUGUCUGGACCUAUCACGGAAGACUGUACGUAAAAUUCAUCUCAACUUCCUGUUUGCUAGUAUGUACAACUUACUCGGUAUUCCACUGGCGGCCGGAAUAUUUACUCCCUUUGGAUUUAUUUUGGAGCCCUGGAUGGCAUCGGCUGCGAUGGCACUGAGCUCGGUUUCGGUGGUUUGUUCAUCGCUGAUGCUGAAACUGUACAAGAAGCCCACCAAGGCGGCCCUUCAGACGCCGGAGUACACGGCCCUUGUCGAAGCCGGAGCUCUGCUGGAUCCGGAAACGGUUUCCGUGCACCGUGGGCUAGACGAUAUUCCUCGGCCCAACUUUGGCCGAUCCACCAGCUCUACGCUGGCCAAGUUGUUUAGUCGCAGUCACAAGGAGACCAACGAUGACCGAUUGCUGGCAUCGCACGCAAUGACGGACGACGACGAGCUCAGCGUGGAAGUGGUAAAAUCCGUCAACACCACUGUUUACAAGGACUCCACCGAAAUGCAAAAGCUCUAGAAGAGUAGGUGUCCAAUUCACCGCGGAAUGUCGCCGUUUUAGGAUGAGGGAGUUUCUGACCUGUGUGCGACUGCCGUUCCGAUGUGAAGAGGUCACAUUAUACUUAAUCGCAUCGCAAGCCACUCAGUAUCUUCCAGCAGCCAUGGUAUUGAGCAGCAUAGCGUACAGACAUGCUUCCUGUGAAUGAUGCUUUUUUUUUAAUUUUUUGACCAUUAAUCGCCAUCUAUCCAACGUUAUUCAGUGAAUUUGUGAUAUGUUCUGCAAUUAUUGUAAUUAGUUUUUUUAUAGUUUUGACGAGUUUUUCACUUAUCGACAUGUAUGUUUUCAUUUUCUGCCUUAUUUUGCGUACUUAUCAUAGGCACAAAUCUAUCCAAUCGGACCAUCCUCUAUAUAGUCUUUAAGUACAAUAGUGUACAUAUCGGGUAGUGCCGAUUUGAGCGACUCGA